AUGGUUGAUCCUGCCAUGAAGAAACUAGUGGAGAGCGUCAAACUCUCCCUCCGGGAGCAGCCAGCCCAUGAUCCGCCCCUUUCCCUCCUGCUCAAUCAUCAGCUGGGAGGUCAGCUGGAGGCAGAGCAGGGGGAGUGCAGGUGGCUGCGCCCUUCCCGCGAAGCUGCUCUAGAGGAUCUCCAGCUCUACGACCAAGACUCCGGCAUGCCGGUCAGCGCCAGGGACAUGGCAGAGAGACUGGCAAAGAUAGGGCUGAAGCCGCUGAACUCUGCUUGCCGGGACCUGAGGAAGGAGCUGGAGGAGAAGUGGGAGAGGCUGCAGGGCCACGAGCUGGAGGCUGAGUCGCUGCUCAUCCUGCUCCAGAGCAUCUGCGGGGAAGUGUCGCAGCGGAGCAUCGGGCUGCAGAAGAAUGUGCUGAAGGAGGUGGAGGAGCUGAAGGACAUGCUGGACACGCGCGCCAUGGCGAUGGUGCAUACGGUGAGGGAGCAGGAAAGGCUCAAGCUCUCGACGCUGCACGCGCAGAUCGCCACGGUGGAGAAGGAGUACGAGAGCAUGAAGCGCUCCUCUGCCUCGCUCAAGUCGGUACUCAAGGACUCUUCCUCCGACCCCCUCGAGUUCGUCCAGUCCUACCGCAACAUCGAGAGCAGGGUCGUCAGGGUCCUCCAGUCCGCCGAGAGUUUGCGGUACCAGCCGGAGGAGAGCUCGGCGUUCCAGCUGGACUUGAACGUGGAGCCGCAGCGGGCAGUGCUGGCGCAGACUAACUUCUUCCAGCUCAAGACUCCUCCCUUCCCCCCCUCGCUCCGGUUCGUCCGGGAGGACCAUGGCGCGAUCCUCCUCGCCUGGACCGAAGUCUCCCUUCCCGCCCUCCUCGACAUCUCUCCUGUCAUCCACUACUGCCUGCAUGCCCGGAAGCUUGCAUCCUCCUCCUUGUCUCCUCAGGGACCUGGUAAGGGAGGGGAGGAGGAAGAGGCGAAGGGACAAUGGGAGGUUGUGUUCGAGGGGAAGGAGCGGCAGUACUUGAUGAGCAAGGCGAGGGGAGGAGAGAGAUGGAGUUUCCGAGUUUGUGCGUGCAAUCAGUUUGGAACGGGUGUGUUCAGCAGCGAGGUUGAGGUGAAGACGUGA